AUGGCUUCUCAAUCACCUACAGGCAGCCCAGUCAUAACUUCCACAAAACCAUCCCGAACCUAUCAAGCAACGGAUGAAGUGAAUCAAUUGGUUUUUCAAUCCAUACGGAAUCACCAAAACUUUCUCAACACCAAAUACGAUCCCGAUUCCUCGGAGCACAAAAACCUUUUGAAAAGUAUUUUUAAAAUUAUUUUCGGAACUCAUCUCAAAGAUGAAGAAUUAUACGACUGUCAACAAUGGACGGUAGCAGGUUUUCAAAACAAAGACCCAACAAGCGACCUCCGAAGUUUAGGAAUACUAGGCCUUUCCACCAUGGAAUAUCUCUGCAAAUAUCACACAAAUACUGUGAAGAACGAAUACAUGAAUAGAGAAUACCCAUUCGCAUGUUGCGUGUUUGCAAUUGUUAAUUUUAUGAUAAAGGAAAUGAAUAUGAGAAAUAUUACAACAACACCACAAGACAGUCACUUUGUUUUACUUAUGAAAAAAGAAUUAUAUUUCAAUAGAGACAAGUUAAAACAAAUGGAUUUAUUUGAAAGAUUAUUUUGCAUUGCUUUUGAAUAUUUUGAUAAGCUAUGGACCAAGCAUAAAGCUGGCUAUAUGGAUUUUAGUGUCAUGUACGAUAUAUUUGCAAAGAACAUUAUGCAAAUUUUAAAGAAGGAACCCGCUUCAUUUAGUGUGUUCAAAUUUUUAUUAUUGGAAUGGUAA